AUGGAGAUCAAGAUUCGUGUGUCCGGAGCUAACAUUUUUGCCACCAUCAACCGAAUCACUACCAUCAAACGGCUCGAGCAUGAGGAAUCUGCUUAUCCUGGUAUCGACAGAUACGAAUCUCAGAGCAUUAUCGAUGGCGCCGUUCCAGCAGGGGUGGAAAUAUCGUCGGGCGAACGCCUCAGCACAAAAUCCGCCGAUCAACUUCAGCAGUUCUGA